GUGAUUUCUAAAGGCUCCAUACAACAUUAUGGAUCUUUUAAAAUCAGCACAGAAAAUAAAAAUGAAGAUCAUCAUGACAAGGCCACACUGAAGCUCUCCUUAAGUGCAGGGACAUCUUCAACGUUUCGAGCACUUGUGUAUACCAUAUUACCAGAUGGAGAUAUUUUGGCCGACUCAGCAAACUAUAAAGUACAGCAAUGCUUGCAGAAUAAAGUAUCAAUCGGCUUCUCUCCAAAAGAGGUUCUUCCGGGGCUGGAUGUGUCUCUUCAGGUUCAGGCUGCUCCUGGUUCCCUCUGUGGUCUCAGGGUAGUGGAUCAGAGUGUGGUCUUGAUGAAACCAGAAAAGGAGCUGACUGCCGACAAAGUUUAUAAUCUGUUUCCAUUCCGGGAUGAUGGCAAAUAUGAUUAUCGCAUCAAAGAACAUAAAGACGGUUGUCUAUUUUAUCCCUUUCAUCAUCCACCAAUAGAACGCUUUGGAGCAGUUAUGAUCCGCUGGCCUUCAGAAAACUCAGAUGAUGCGGAUGUGUACAGCUUAUUUGAGGCAAUAAAAUGUAAAAUACUAACAAGUGCAGACAUUAAGAAACCCAUCGAAUGUCACGAUUUUAAAUUUCCAGUUUAUGCAAUGCAGCCACAGCUUCCAGGACUUCCAGGACUUCCAGGACCCCAAAGACCAUUGGCAAGAAGCUUGCCACGUGCCCUCGGCAUUGGGAGGAAAGAAAAGGAGGAAGAAAAGGAGAAAGUUCGAACAUAUUUUCCUGAAACCUGGCUAUGGGAACUUAUAUCAGUAGGAGACUCUGGCAAUGCUGACCUCCAUCACAAGGCACCAGACACCAUCACAGACUGGAAUGCCGGGGCCGUAUGUUUGGGUCAGAGUGGAUUUGGCCUGUCUCCUCCUGCCUCUCUUCGAGUCUUCCAGCCGUUCUUUGUGGAUCUCGCCCUCCCGUAUUCUGUAGUGAGAGGAGAAACUUUCAUCCUUAAAGCCUCAGUAUUUAAUUAUCUUAAGCAGUGCAUCAAGAUUAAAGUCAAUCUGGGGCCCACUGAGGAGUUAGAGCGGACACCUUGUACAGACUGUACCUACAGCAGCUGCCUGUGUGCCGAUGAGAGCAAAAACUUCUACUGGAACCUGAAAGCCACCAAACUGGGAGAAGUAAAUAUCACAGUACGGACUGAGGCUGUUAAGACUACAGAUUUAUGCCAAAAUGAGAUACCGAUUGUUCCCAAACAAGGAGCUACUGAUACCAUUGUAAAACCGUUACUUGUACAGCCCGGAGGAGUCCUGGUGGAGAAAGCACACAGCUCUCUGCUGUGCAUGCAGGAGGGAGAAGGUAAUACUAAGACAGAAGAGGUAUCUCUACAGUUUCCUAAGAACAUCCUGAAAGAUUCUGAAAGAGCUUACGUGACUGUGUUGGGAGAUUUAAUGGGCACAGCAUUGCAGAACCUGGACCGUCUCCUGGCCAUGCCAUAUGGGUGUGGAGAGCAGAACAUGGUCCUCUUUGCCCCCAAUAUCUUUAUUCUACAGUAUCUGGAGAAGACUCAUCAGCUGACCGAUGAAAUCAAGAGCAAAGCCACAAAGUUCCUGGAGAGUGGAUACCAGCGGCAGUUGACAUAUAAGCAUGAUGAUGGCUCAUACAGUGCCUUUGGAAAGAGUGACCCAGAGGGUAACAUGUGGCUGACUGCAUUUGUAGUGAAAUCCUUUAGCAAAGGUCGGCCUUACAUAUUUAUAGAUGAAAGUCACUUGAAGCAAACUUUCACCUGGCUGAGGAAGAUACAAAAAGAGAAUGGCUGCUUCCGUAAUGUUGGAAAACUACUCCGUACUGAUAUGAAGGGAGGCGUGGAAGAUGAAGUCUCCCUUUCUGCUUAUGUGACAAUGGCCCUGAUAGAGGCCGGUGUAUCUCCGGAGGAUCCUCUGGUCAGGAAUGCAGUGUCCUUUCUGCAGAAGGCCUCUGUGAAUGUGACCAAUGUGUACACCCUGGCUCUGCUGGCCUACACCUUUACAUUGUGCAGAGAGACAGAGCUCAGGAAGGCUGUAUUGGACAAACUAGAGGAAAAAUCUAUACGAGAAGAUGGACAGCUCCACUGGAAACGGGAUUCUGCUCCUCCCAUUCAAGAUUCAUACUGGCACAGAGCUCCAUCUGCUGAGGUGGAGAUGACUUCCUAUGUCCUCCUGGCUCUACUCUCUGGAAGUAAGCCAGACCUGGGCAAAGCUGCAGAGAUUGUGAACUGGCUAAGCAAACAGCAGAACCCCUAUGGAGGCUUCUCAUCUACACAGGACACAGUUGUGGCUCUUCAAGCUCUGGCCAAGUAUUCGGAGCUCACAUUCGGUGAUAAGGGUGAUGUGACUGUGACUGUUACUUCCACAACAGGAUUUCUGGAGAAGUUUCAUGUAGACAAAAAUAACCGUCUCCUCCUCCAGAGGGCAACGCUACAGGCUGUUACUGGAGAAUACACGGUGACCGCCACAGGGAACGGCUGUGUUUUUGUACAGACCGUCCUGAGAUACAAUGUCCCUCCACCGAAAAGAGACAUCAGCUUUUCAUUAAAGGUGACACCACAUUCAACCAGAGAGUGUCUGGGGGAUCCAGUGACACAUUUUGAGAUUCUUAUCAGUGCUACCUAUACUGGAACGCGGGAAAGAACUAAUAUGGCUGUUAUAGAGGUGAAGAUGCUGUCUGGAUACAUUCCAAUCAAGAGUACAGUGAGAAAGCUGAAGAACGACAGCCUGGUACAGAGAACUGAAAUACAUGCGGAUGUGGUCACGUUAUAUCUGAAUGAGGUGGGACAUGUUCCUGUGAAUCUUUCCUUUAUGGUGGAACAGGAUGUUGAAGUCAAGGACCUGAAACCAGCCACAGUAACAGCCUAUGAUUAUUAUGAGACAGAUGAACAAGCAGUGGCAGAAUACAACCAUCCCUGCAAUAAAGAUGACUCUGGAAAUUCAAGAUGAAGACAAAGUUACCUUAAGAUCACAUCAUUAAUUAAAUGUCACUAAA